AUGAAACGGCAGGCCUUAGUUUGCCUCACUCUGCAGCUCACAUUUGAGCUUUUUUCAUGCACAAACAUCCAGAUGUUACGAGGUUCUUCAGUGGACCUGCCCUGUUUCUUUCCAUUGACGUACGUCCUGGAUGCAAAUAUCACCUGGACAUUCAAUGGACAGACUUUAAAUGCUAAUCCUCCAACUGGCACAGCUCGAGUCAUAAAGUCAGGGCUUUAUGUCUCAAUAUCUCCUGUAACUCCUGCCAGUGAGGGCGAGUACGUGUGUCUGGCAAAAGCAGAUAAUGUGGAGCUGAUAAAAACAUACAACAUGAAAGUUGACUCACUUCACAGCACAAUUAAAACAUCUAGAGGCUCUGAUGUGAAACUGCCGUGCCACUUCCCAUCCUCCAUCUCACCUUCGGCUAAUGCACUGUGGUUCAAAGAGAUCGGUGAAUGCCAAAGAAAAGAGCUGAACUUUGAAGACGACUCCAGUCACGAUGAGAAGCUGAUCCUGCUUUAUCCAGAGGACUACGAUCAGACCAUCAUCGUCAAACGUGCCAACUCUGAGGACUCUGGAGUUUACAGCUGCGAGUCCAUCGAGGGGGAGAGGCUCCACACCAUUCACCUUAUUGUUGAAGAUCCUCCCACUCCUUUGUGCAACGACUUCAACAAAACAUCUGAGUUCUGCAAGGAAGAGGACAGACGCACGGCCGAACCCGUACUGCAGGAGUCCAUGGCAGAGUUUUCGAUGAAGCUGUACUCUCACCUCAAAGAUCAGCAUCCCUUCAACAACCUGCUCUUCUCUCCUGUCAGCAUCAACGGGAUUCUGUCCCAUUUGUUGUUGGGUGCAAGUGGAAACACCCGCAGAGACCUGGAGAGAGCGAUCUGUGUGCCUCAUGACUUCCAGUGCGUUCACUUCCAGAUGAAGAUGCAGAGAGAAAAGAUGGCCGACUCCCUGCAGAUGGCCUCUCAGAUCUACUAUAACUCCCAAUUGAAUAUGAGCGAGUCUUUUCUAAACCAGUCCACCAAGUACUAUGAAGCAAAGCCCGUCAAACUGCGGGAAUCCAGCAAAGAAAACGCAGAGAUGAUAAACCAGUGGGUGGCAAACAAAACCAAAAACAAAAUCACGCACUUGUUUGACGAAGUGACCCCCAGCGCACAGCUGAUCCUGCUCAACGCCGUGAGCUUCAGUGGUCAAUGGACGUUUAGAUUUAAUGAAAAACCAAAGAAAGGACAUUUCACCAAACUCAAUGGUGAUUUAGUGAAAGUGUCUCUCGUCUAUCAUCUGAAUUACAAAGCAAGUGUGAUGCACGUUGCUGAACUGAAGGCUCAGGUAGCGAAGUUCCUUCUGACGGGAGACAACAGUCUGUACAUCCUCCUGCCAAACACCAACACGCUGAUUGACCUGCAGCAGGUGGAGAGGAGGAUGACAGAAGGAAACGUGCGCCAGAUGAUACAGCAGCUCAACGCAGCGUCACCUCAGAGCAUGGAGGUCACUCUGCCACAGCUCAAGCUGACUGCAGAGCCAAACAUGAUCACACUUCUCAAGAAAUUAGGUCUAUCAUCACUUUUUGAGGGAGCCAGCUUGUGCGGCCUCUCCCCCGAUGGGGAUCUGGUGCUGGGCGAUGUCAAACACAAAGCUCUCCUCGCUCUGACCAAUCAAGGAGUGGAAGCCAGCGCGGUGACCACCAUGUCGUUCUCUCGCUCCUUCCCUUCCUUCAGUGCCCUGCGGCCGUUCCUCCUGCUGCUGUGGAACGACCGGGCGAACAUGCCGCUCUUCAUUGGCAGGGUGAUGGAGCCUUGA